AUGUCAAAGACAAGAUACUAUUUGGAACAAUGCAUUCCUGAAAUGGAUGACCUAGUGGAGAAGGGACUCUUUACUAAAAAUGAAGUUUCCUUAAUCAUGAAGAAACGAACCGAUUUCGAACAUAGGCUGAACUCUAGAGGCUCCAGUAUAAAUGACUACAUAAAAUACAUCAAUUAUGAAACUAAUGUUAACAAGUUGCGAGCCAAGAGGUGUAAGAGAAUCUUACAAGCCAAAAAGACUAACAGUCUAUCCGAUUGGUCCAUUCAGCAAAGAAUAGGAUUUAUUUAUCAGAGAGGAACAAACAAGUUUCCACAAGAACUAAAGUUUUGGGCAAUGUAUCUGAACUACAUGAAAGCCAGAGGCAAUCAAACAUCAUACAAAAAGAUUCACAACAUUUAUAAUCAAUUAUUGAAAUUGCAUCCAACGAAUGUGGAUAUAUGGAUUAGUUGCGCGAAAUACGAAUAUGAAGUUCAUGCUAAUUUCAAGAGUUGUAGAAAUAUCUUCCAAAAUGGAUUGAAGUUCAAUCCUGACAUACCUAAACUAUGGUACGAAUACGUAAAAUUUGAGUUAAAUUUCAUUACUAAGUUGAUCAACAGAAGAAAAGUAAUGGGUCUAAUUAAUGAACGAGAACAAGAGCUUGAUAUGCUAAAUGAGCAAAAGACUGGAGAGUCCAACGGUGAAGAGAAAUCACACGUGCAAGUCCCGUCGACUGGUGAUUCAAUGAAGGAUAAGUUGAAUGAGUUACCUGAAGCUGACAUGAGUGUGCUAGGUAACGCAGAGACAAACCCGGCUUUGCGUGGUGAUAUUGCAUUAACUAUUUUUGAUGUUUGUAUAAAGACUUUAGGGAAACAUUACAUCAACAAGCAUAAAGGCUAUUAUGCCAUUUCGGACUUUAAAAUGAAUAUUGAACUAAACAAAGAGGCAUUAAAUUACCUGUUCAACCAGUCAAUAAAAUAUAUCCAAUUAUUUGAUGAAUUCCCUGACUUGGAAAGAGAUUAUCUAAUCAACCACGUAUUACAAUUUUGGAAAAACGAUAUGUACGAUCUUUCGCUCCGCAAGGAUUUACCAGAAUUGUAUUUGAAAACAAUAAUGAUUGACACUACUCUAAAUAUCAGACAUAUGCCAGUGGAAAAACUUGAUAUUGACCAAUUGCAGUUGUCUGCCAAGAAAUAUUUUGCAUACGUAUCGAAAUUGGAUAGCUUACUAGUGAAGUCGUUGAAGAAUGAGUAUUGUUCUUACUUACAAGACAACUAUUUGAAGAAAAUGAAUUCAGAAGAUGAUCCUAGAUACAAAAUUCUAGACUUAAUCAUCAAUAAACUUUAA